AUGAGCGGCGCCUACCGCGCGUGCCUGGCCCACGGCUGCAACCUGUUUGAUACGGCCGAGAGCUACGGCGGGGGCCUGCUUGGCGGCUGGGGCUCCUCCGAGCGCUUCCUGGCGGCAUGCAUGCGAGAGGGCGGCGAGGCGGCGGCGGCGCCGCCCGGCCCAGCCCCCGUCAUCGUCUCCAAGUACAUCCCCCUGCCGUGGCGCCUGUUUGAGCCGCGCUGCAUGAUGCGGGCGCUGCAGGCCACAGUGAGCCGGUUGGAGGUGGAGGCUGUGGAUGUGUACCUGGUGCACUCUCCGGUAGCCACCUUCAACAGCAUAAAGACUCUGGCCAGCAGCCUGGCUGCCGCGGUGGACAGCGGGCUGGCGCGCCACGUGGGUGUGUCCAACUACUCUGAGGCUGAGGUGCGGGAGACGCACCGCGUGCUGGCAGAGGCGGGGCUGCCCCUGGCGGCCAACCAAGUCGAGUUCUCGCUGCUCCACGCGCUGCCGGAGCGCAGCGGCCUGCUGGACGCGUGCAGCGAGCUAGGGGUGGGGGUGAUGGCCUACAGCCCGCUGGCCAUGGGCAGGCUGUCUGGAAAGUAUUCCGCCGCCAACAAGCCCCGGGGCGCCCGCCGCUUUGGGGACCUGCCCUUUGAGCGCAUCCAGCCCGUGGUCGACUUGUUGGCCCGGCUGGGGCGGCAGCACGGCGGCAAGACGCCCGCGCAGGUGGCGCUCAACUGGCUGGUGUGCAAGGGGGCGGUGCCCAUCCCGGGAGCCAAGAAUGCGGCGCAGGCGGAGGCCAACACGGGGGCGCUGGGCUGGAGGCUGAGCGGCGGCGAUGUGGGGGAGCUGGAUGAGGCGGCGGUGGAGGGCAGCCUGAAGCUGGGGCAGCACGGAUGA